AUGGAAGAGUAUACUUCGUGGUGCAAGCACAAUUGUUUUAGUGCGGCUUGGACACCCCGGCAGUCCAUUUCUAACCGCCUUUUACUGGCACCUCUAGACAACGACUUGGAAAAGACCGUUAAGAUUUUCGAUGGUCUUUAUAGGCUAAAUGAAUCGUACGAAGUCCGGUUCUUUGGUGGAAUUUCUUUGUGCAGUGAAGAGGUUGUUGAUUUGAAGAAUUUGGAUGUCAUUAAACAGAAGAACGCAAGUCAGCUUAUGAGAAGGAUACAGCCAAGGAAACCAGAGCCGCAAUUGCUCCCAACUAUUGGACUGUCUUCAGUUGGAAUCGCUACACCCAUAAAACUAUCUGCGCCGUUCGCUCAAAUGCCCGAUAUUCUAGAGCGUACAAUUGGGCCUUCUUGUGUAAACAGGCUGUUGGAAAUUCCAGAGCAUGGCCGUCUCGCAGCAAGUGGUUUCAAUCGCUGA